AAAUGAUCCCUUCAUUCUCUUUACUUUCACAAUCCUAAGAGACCUGUAGUCGGCUAUUUUCAAGUUGACGCCCCCACGUUUUUACUACCCCAAUUAAAGAAGUGGCACCGAUAUACAUGCAAUGUAAAAAAGGGAUGCCUUGAACCUGAGCCUGAGAAUGAAUCUGAACCUGAACCUGAGGAGUCUGCCACACGUAGCCGUGACGUAUCCAUUCCACCCUCCCGGAUGGACGGUCUGUCUCCUUCUGCUCGGACUUUGGUUUGCUGACAUGUGAAGAUAAGGAUCGCCUUCUCUGUCCUUUGUUCACUUGAAUUGAAGAAGAGCGAGAGAGGGAGAAAGAGAGACGAUGAUCAAAUAAAAAACUGUGGGAACUUUUUCCUGAGAUCCCCAUGACGGAGUGUUGAGCUUGAGUCCUCUUCAUUUUUUCUUUAAGCAAAAAAUGGAAGUGGGAAUGGUUUUCUGAGAUCCCCUUAAGAAGUAAUCAUCUUGACAACUCUUGAUUUUUCUGUUAACAGUUUCCUUCGCUCUGAAACGUGGUAAGCAUGAACUUCUGGAAUAGGAGAACGGUGGGUUUCUUCAACAGCAGAUGGCUUGUGUUUGUGUCGUCAAUGUGGUUGCUGUCAUGCGCAGGAAUUGGAUACCUUUUUGGCAGCCUCUCUCCUAUAAUAAAGAGCUCCCUUGGUUACAAUCAGAAACAGAUUGCCGGGGUGGGAGUUGCAAAGAACUUGGGUGACAGUGUUGGUUUCCUUGCAGGGAGCCUCUGUGAGGUUCUGCCUACUUGGGCUGCCAUCUUUAUUGGGGCUCUUCAGAAUUUAUUUGGGUAUGGAUGGGUUUGGCUGAUUGUCACGCACAGGGUUCCUACCCCGCCUAUUUGGGCUAUGUGUAUUCUUAUAUUCAUUGGAACAAAUGGUGAGACUUAUUUCAAUACAGCUGCAUUGGUCUCUUGUGUACAAAACUUCCCGAAGAACAGAGGUCCGGUAGUUGGUAUUUUGAAAGGAUUUGCAGGCCUAAGUGGAGCUAUUUUAACUCAGGUAUAUGCAUUGAUAAAUGCACCUGAUAAAGCUGCAUUGAUAUUUAUGGUGGCUGUUGGACCUACCAUGGUGGGCAUUGGCCUGAUGUUUGUUGUCCGCCCUGUUGGAGGGCAUAGACAGGUUUAUGCUUCUGAUGGUUCUAGUUUUACAUUCAUAUACAGUAUAUGCUUGCUUCUAGCAGCUUACCUGAUGGGAGUCAUGCUUUUGGAAGAUUUGAUCAACGUAAGUCGAUGGGUGGUGAUUUUGUUUAGUCUUCUGCUAUUUAUGCUUCUAUUGCUUCCUGUUGUUGUACCGCUGUGGUUGGGCUGUUAUCUACAACUUGGAUCAGAUGUCGAAGAAAGUCUGCUGAUACAGUCUCAGAAGGAUGAAAAUGAUAAAGCAACGCAAUCUGUUGAUGCCAAUGAGGUGAUUUUGAGUGAGGUUGAGGAUGAAAAGCCUAGGGAGGUAGAUUUGCUCCCUGCUGUCGAGAGACAAAAAAGGAUUGCCCAAUUGCAGGCACGUCUUUUUCAGGCAGCAGCUGAUGGUGCUGUAAGGGUAAAGAGGAGAAAAGGGCCACGAAGAGGAGAAGAUUUUACCUUGUCACAGGCACUGGUCAAGGCAGACUUUUGGCUCAUGUGGUUUUCUCUUCUUCUUGGCUCAGGGUCAGGUUUGACAGUCAUUGAUAAUCUGGGUCAGAUGAGCCAGUCCCUCAGGUAUGACAACACACAUAUAUUUGUGUCAAUGAUUAGCAUAUGGAAUUUUCUUGGACGCAUUGGUGGAGGAUACUUCUCUGAAAUUAUCAUCAGAGACUAUGCAUACCCAAGGCCAGUGGCAUUGGCUGUAGCACAGUUCAUAAUGGCAAUUGGUCACUUUUCUGUUGCAAUGGCAUGGCCUGGUGCCAUGUAUAUAUCCACUUUGCUGAUUGGUCUCGGGUAUGGAGCACAUUGGUCAAUUGUGCCAGCUGCUGCUUCAGAAUUGUUUGGAUUGAAAAGUUUUGGUGCCUUGUACAAUUUUCUCACCGUGGCUAAUCCUGUGGGUUCAUUGAUUUUUUCUGGGUUAAUUGCUAGCACUAUUUAUGAUUAUGAGGCAGAGAAGCAGGCUCACAUGCAUCACCACCACCGUGGUUCAUCAAGAAGCCUAGAGAAGGUGUUUCUCGAUGCUUUAAACUUAGAAGACUCACUAAAAUGUGAAGGCGCCAUUUGUUUCUUCCUUACUUCGGUCAUCAUGUCAGGACUGUGCAUUGUUGCUCUUUUCUUGAGCAUGAUUCUUGUGUACAGAACGAAAAUUGUGUACUCUAAUCUCUAUGGGAAAUCACAUUCAUAAAUCAGUUAGUGCAUGAACAGCACAUGGGGACUGCCGGCUGAAAGCAGGUUACGUUGCAAGUUAUAUUUGCUUCAAGUGGUCAGACACUUGCCUUAUUGUAUUCCUCGAGAGCAAAAUAGCCACUUGACAGCUCAUGCACCUAUGGGGCUAUAGGUGUUCUCCAAAUAUUUGUUCCAUCAGGUCUAUACAAAAUGCCAAUGCCUCCUCUAUGGAGAAAGUUGAUGAGAUCCACAGUUCAGUAUUUACUAUGAUAGAUGGCUUAACAGAAUUUAUGAAUUUAUUUUUUCAAAAUGUAUUAUUCCCACACAAUUUUUAUAUAAGAUGGUACAGUUUACUCUUUUCAGCAAUGAUUGAUUUUGUCA